CCUUCUGGCGCAGCGUCGACAGUAGAUGGAGGAAGAAAGUUGGAAGUGGGAGGAGGGGCUUUCUUAUACCCGAGGGUGCCAGAGGAUCACCAUGGUAGAACUCCAAUCGGUGGCUGACCUGAAGUGACGACGUUGUCAAUGGGCCCGCGGGAGCUGUAUUUGGCCUCGCUGACCAUUAGGGGGCUACUGGGAGGAACAUGGAGUGUUCUGUGACACCUUCCAACCUUUUGUGGUGAUCUUUGGGCCUGGUGGAUACACAGCAGCCACAAGCACCCUCGAAUGGCUGGUAAUCUGAUCAGAUACACUCAAUCUUCAAGCCAGACGAAGAUAGAAGAUUCUCAGAUGGCUAUUUUGUAGAAUUGUAGAAUUGUAGAAGACAGACUGAAUAGCAACUUCACAGUUUGCUUCCGUGACUCUCUAGGUCUGCUCGAAUCCUCAAUGAAGAAGCUGCAUCAUGUUCUGCUACUUGUUCAUGGCGUGCAGAACAGCAAAAGAUCCGAAAUAAGAUACCCGAAGAUAGCAAUUGUCCUGUAUCAAACAGCCCAUCUUUGUGAGUUAAUUUGCUUGCCAAACUCCUCUCCACCAUAUCCAAACCCAAUCCAAGACUCAAACAUCCCCAUAAAGUAUCUCAAUCACACCAAAGCCUUGCAGGGUUGGGUCGGCCAAUCACGCGAAGGGGUGGUGUUUGCUGCCAUUUCCAGCGCUAAGCCUGGCUGCCUUCCUCCCUCGGAUUUUUUUCUUCCACCCACAACACAACUCCUACCUCGCAACCGCAACUUCUUUGUAGCAACAUUCUUUGAAUACAACAAACACAAAUCGGAUCCCUGCUUCUGUAAUUCAAUUCAAAGGUACGUUCUCACACUCAGAGCUUGCUUCCCAGAGCGAUUCCUACGGCGCUCCGAGUUGAGCAAUCUUGAACGCAAAGGCAACCUCCACCUCCACCUUCGUGCAACAGACUCCUUCACACAGCUCAAGGCUUUCCCCUCACACACUGACACGUACUGACACGUUCUCUUGAAAUAGAUCUGCUCGUCUGAGCUUCGCGAGCACGUUGA